GGCCGCCCCUACUGAGCGCCAGCUGUCAGUGAUGAAAAUUUAAGUAAGUUUGGCAAACACAAAUAUGAAAUUAACCUUUUUGUUUAUCGUGAUGCAGUUGCUGGUGCUGCUGGCCAUUCGGGCGACUGACCUUCCGCCGGAGCAGCAGGAUAUUGCAGCUGGUCUGCAGGAGCUGCAGGCGGACGUGGCGCAUCCUUGGAGCAGCCCAUGCAUUCGCGAUUGCCUGGCGGAGAAGGGAGAUGGACCCGGCGAAUGUCAGCAGGUCGAGCAGCAAUUCGACUGUGCACUGUACUGCCUGUUUGACGCCGAGUCGCGCUAUUGAGCCAUAAAGGGCGAACAAGUGCCACCAUAUCCGUAGCCAUGGCCAGUUUGGAAUACCAAAGGUCCGGCCAGGAUCGGGGCCAUUAAUCAUCGCCACAUGCGACGAGCAGAUGACCUUUGCGACGACAUGCGAGUUAAUUAAUCUAACCGAGCUGCCCAGACUGCGGAGGUCAUGCGUCGCAAUUAAACCUGGCAGCUGAUGAUGAAGGGAAUUUACCUUGCUGCCCAGACGCAUAAAUUUCAAUUUGCAACUCCGUCUAUGCAUUUAAAUUGAUGGCUAUGCUGGGGGCUCGCUGCCGCAACUGCUGCAAGUGCUGCAUAUGCGAAAAGUUGUUCGCGCCGCGCUCCAAUGCGCAAUUAGCGGACCGUGGCCCAUAAAUUAUUUGGCGCUUCGCCGGCGGGGCAAGUGGAAAACGGGAAAUGGAAAAUGGCGGGCGGAAAUGAUUGCCCAGCAGGUCGAAUAAACAGAUGAGCUAUGCAAAAGCCCAUAGGCCUUGGCUCGAAAAUAUUCACACCCUGCCUGGCGUGACAAUUGAAAUGCAGGGCUCAACUGCGUAAGGCAGAUAAGUUGGCAAAAAUAUAUAUUAUCCGUCACGUGACUGCAAUGGGCAAUCGAUGUUGAGCGCCGGAUUCCCGCCAGCAUCAAUCAAAUUAACCUUGGCUCACACGGCGUAUGCGCAAUAUGGCUGCAUUUUAAACACAGCUCAGUUCGAAAGCCAACUUUUUGGUUUGUUUGUCCCCCCGAACAAAUUCGAUCAGCAUGCAGCAAGGGAAUUUCAUGAAUUUUAAACAUUCAAUUGCCGAAAUGCAAAUGCCAAUAAAUCUCGGCCUUUGUCUGGCCCUCAAAGGCAAUGCACCUUUUAUCCAAACUUUGGCCCCCCGAAACUCGGCGCUUUAAUUAUGCAGCCAGUGGAGAGUCUCAUUAUGGCGAAGUGACAUUUUUCCGGCUUCCCGUCUGAGUUUGGGCUUGGGGCCCCCAUUGCGAACUUUAUUUUAUUGCAUUUUUAAACUUUGCCCUUCCGCGCCGAAAGUUCAGGCUGAAAUAUAUUUAUAUUUGCCAGCA